AUGAACAUCGACUUGAACAAUUUACCCGAUGAAGUUCUUUUUUACUCGAACGAACAAUUCUAUAACUUCAUCGAACAAUGCUUAGGUCACGAUGAAAUGGAGCUAAUUAAAUUACAGUCGAUUAAAAAUAUAAGGACACUCAUAAAUGUUCCUGAUGUUCUUGGUGUGCUCAACAUUAAAUGUAAAGAACUUGUUGAGCUAAAAAAUCGCAUAUGUUUCACUGAUGAGGAUAGUCAUCAGUUCAUUGUCAAACCAGGAAUCAAAGCAGGCAUUGAUGACAUGGUAGAAGUACUGAAGGACAAAAAUCACAGAUACAUCAAACGAACAAAAGGCUCAAAAUCUUCAUCUUUAUCUACGAAAACCAGCUAUUCACAAUUAAAUGCAUCUGUAUCAAAUACACCAAGUUUAAAUUCUACUGGUUCCACUUCAACAGCAACAUUAUCAAUAACGACAUCACCUAAUGUAAUGUCAAUAAAAGAUUAUGUCAACGUCACUUCCAAUUUUGCACGUCAGGAGUGA